CACGGCUAUAAAUAUGCGGUAACAGUACGAACUCGCUCUCAAUCUACAGGAUAAAGUUACUCCACUCCUGGUGUCAGUUAGAAAAACAGUACGACACGUUUUACAUUUAACUCUACACUAAACUAAAGAUGUCGGGGUAUUCGGAAUCCGUUGAUGUUGAAGCAGUGCAGUAUGCUACGAAAGCACUUCUUAUCAGCUUCAUUAUUGUCAUUACCAUCUCAAACGGUGCUCUCGUCAUCAAAAUCAUGAGACGAAAACAUUUUCUGUACAGCCCAAAACACCUGCUGCUGAUAUCACUGGCUGUAGGGGACAUUUUCUUGGCGCUGUUCGCCUUGGUCAUACAGGCCAAACUAAUGUUUCAGAUGCAUGAGUUAGGAUUAGAGGAAUGCCGGAAAGGGAUUUACUCUAAUGUGUACGCAAAUUAUCUUCCAAAUUUUGUGUAUGGAUUCGGUCUCGUUGUUCUAUCAGUUGAAUUUGUGUAUCGUCGGAGAUCAAAGAGACGAAGAACAACAGGUAAUUACGAAUUGCUUCGAAGUUUUCUGAUCAGUAGCCUGCCUUGGUUUCAUGGAUUGUAUCUUAUCGUCCUACCACAGACCUUCGCAGGCGUGGAUCUGAAUACGUGUAGACUUAGCUUUACACUUGAAAGAACAAGUGGACAGAUUGUUGUGUCCAUGGUACUCCCUGCUUGUCUGGCACUGAUAACGGCUGUUGUUGUCGUCUGCUUCAAGAUAGACCGUGGUUAUGUCCAGCACCUAGAGAUGACGUCAGGUGACCGAACGUUUGCCAGUGGUCAAGAUACUGAAGAUAUUAUAGCACAACACAGACAACCAGAUGCGAUGAACGUGCCUGCAUAUAAUGCUGAUCCACCUUACUAUCAAUCACAGAGUUCACCUUAUUACUCACCACAGAUCACACUUUAUCCAACACAGAACCCGCCUUACUAUCCACCACAGGAUGCUCCUAAUUAUCCACCACAUAAUCCAUAUUAUCCACUACACGAUUAUGUCAACAACAGUUCAAACGUCAACAACCUGACAGUUGUGGUAAACGACAACAUCCCAACGAUACCAUCGACCAACGCUAUCUACCCAGAACAAAACAAGAUUCUCUCUCUAGCGCUGAUCUUCUUUAUUCUAGUGACGCCGUUAGCCGUUUAUUACCUGGUAGCUUUAAACACCGAUCUGACGUCAUCAGCACUGACCAACAUUGUGCUUGAGCAGGGCUUGAUGUGGCUCAUGCUGCUUAGGCCUUUCGUCACUGCCGUCGUCACCUCACAAUCAGCCUACAUAGAACAGCUUUAAUUGUCAAGCUGCCCAUAACAAACAGUAAAUAUAACACCUUUGCAACUGGAAGUGUAAGUUAAAUUACACUGUUCCACUUAAAUGCAAGAAAAUACUAUUAUCUUGAUUAAAAAAUAGCCUAGAAUUACUAACAUACUCACAAACACACACAUAUAUAUCUAUAGGGUCUGCAUGGUCGAGUCAGUAAAGCUCAUGUAUGUUAAAACGAAAAGUCUCGAGUCCGAACCCCUGGGCACAUUAGGAUCAAUUGGUGGGGACAGCAUCUCUUCUAUGAAAGACAACUCCAAAAUCAAACAACUGCUGCAUUUGUUCUUGGUUGGACAAAGGCUAUGGAAGUAAAUCCAAAAAUAAAAGCAGGCUGGAAUCGAUAUCAACGGCCUAUAUGGCGCAUAACAAACUGACACAUAAUACUUAAUUGUGUUGAAGGGAAUCACUUUUUAGCAAUUAUACUUAAGAACGAAGAAGAAGAAAGCAGACACACA